GUCCACCGUACAUUUGUUAUCAUCUUUCUCAGGAAUUCCAGCUACAGUUAGAGAACUUUGCUCAGUCAUCUGAACAAGAGAAAGAGGAGUCAGGAUUUUCCUCUUCUAGACCAACAGGCCUCCAUCUUCACCAACUUAAUAGAAAAGUAAGGCAGCCACCGACUUGAAUGAUGAGGAGCGGAGUGGUGCUGUUUGCUCUGGGUCUGCUGUGCUUCUGCAGCUCCGUUUUUGGGCAGGAUGCUGAGGGGACUGAGCAGGGUGUUCAGGUCUUCUGUGAUGACAUGCACGUGCAAAAGGCUGCCCACAGCGCCUUGCACAAGUUCAACGACAAGUUGACCACUGGAUACAAGCUGGCUCUCUUUCAGAUCACAUCCGCCAGAAAGACAGAAGAUGGCUCAGACUCUGUGUAUUCAUUGGAGUUCACCAGCAGGAGGAGUGAGUGUAUAGUGGGGGACAACAAACCCUGGACAGAGUGUGACUAUCUGCCAACUGGACAUAGGGCACCAAUUUCAUGCAACGCUACAGUCCACAUGACAGAAUCAGAAGCCGACACCAAACAGGUGGAUUGUAUGAUCGACAGCUUCCUUCUUCCAGAAAAAGCUCCGUGUUUGGGCUGCCCUGAACAUAUUGAAGAGAACUCAGAGGACCUUAAGGUUCCUCUUUCAGCAUCUAUCUCCAAGUUUAACUCCAUUUCCAACUCCACUCACCUGUUCACCUUGUACAGGGUCAGCCAUGCCACCAGACAGGUCGUUGCAGGUUUCAGGUACCAGCUGAGAUUUGAUAUGAAGAAAACCACCUGUGCAAAAGCUGAGCACAAAGACCUCAACGAUCUGUGUGUCGCAGAUGAGGAGAAUCAGGAGUUUGCAAACUGUAACGCUACGGUGGAUUUGGCACCAUGGAGACUCGAGCAGCCAGAGGUUCAUACACAGUGUGAAGAAGGUGCCUUGCAUGUGACUAGGCGCCGCCCCCCUGGCUGGUCACCACUCAGGACCCUGGUGGCCCCUCCCACCCCCAAUUCCCCUACACCCUCCGUCUCACCCACAGUCUCCUCCGAUACACAACCCCCCUCCAAGGCUCCUGCCAAAGAAGAAUCAUCUGAGGAAGACAGCCCAAUUUCAUCUAAGUCGCACGAUCGUCCGUUCCACUGCCCUUCCUUCCCCUGGAAAAUGUUCAAUUCUCCCAAACCCCCGGUGGCAACACAAGGCCCAGCAGAGGCCUCCCCAAAGCCAAUAAAGGCCACACACCACCCCCUAGCAAAAAGUCUAGGGAAAAUGCAGUGAAAUAAACCUGCUGUCUUAGAUUUUCUCUCAAGAAGCUGCAUUAUUCGUAUUGUAUAACAAAAAAAAAAAAAAAAAAUGUGUUCCAGA